GCUGCAAAUGGUCAACAAUUUAAUUCCACAUUCAAAAUCAAAUGCCAAAUUUACCACAAAGUCGGCUCAUUACUACCAAUGCCAAACGAACCUUAUAAAUUUUUACAAAUUUACUUUAUGGGUGGCGAGGACUCCGAACGGGCACUCGCCAAUCGCGUGAAUACACGUUGCAACUAUAAUCACCUCAAUUCACCAUUUGCAACGCGCAUUGUCAGCGAGCUGGACGCUCUGCUAAAUGAGCACAACGAUUUGUUGAAAUUAUUCAAAUCACAUAUGCAUAAGCUACAAAGUGACAAUCACGCUAUUUUCAUCAAUCCUGAUAGAACACCAGCUGGAGGGCAUAUACGUCGAUUCAACGCACCUGUUGUUGACGACGUGGCUGGAAUCAUGGUUGGCGACCAUACAGCUACGCGACAAAUCGUGAUUCGAAGAAGAAAUAAUUCUCUUCAGUCCAUUCCUGAUACCCAUCGUUUAUAUGAUGCUCUCCAAUAUCCACUCAUUUUUUGGAAGGGACAAGACGGAUAUUGCAUAAACCUUAGGCAACGAGAUCCGGUAACAGGAACCGAAACAAACAAGAAUAUUAGCUCAAAGGAUUUCUAUUCGUUUCGGUUGAUGAUUAGACGUGGUCAGGAUAAUAUCAUUCUACGAUGUCGUGAGCUUUGCCAACAAUUUAUGGUCGAUAUGUACGUCAAGAUAGAGAGUGAACGACUACGAUACUUGCGAUUUAACCAACAGAAGCUGCGUGCGGAAGAAUACAUUCACUUGCGAGAUGCUAUUGCCAGCAACGCUGAUACUGCCGAAAUCGGUAACUCUGUCAUCCUACCAUCAUCGUACAUAGGUAGUCCACGUCACAUGCAACAAUACAUACAGGAUGCUAUGACCUUCGUACGUGAAUAUGGACGACCGUGCUUUUUUAUUACUUUUACAUGUAAUCCAAAAUGGCAGGAAAUUACAUCGUUAUUAUUACCUGGACAAAGUGCAAUACAUCGUCAUGACAUUACAGCACGUGUGUUCAAACAAAAAUUAAAGUCUCUAAUAAGCUUUAUUACAAAAUUGCAUGUAUUUGGCCCUACACGUUGUUGGAUGUAUUCGGUUGAGUGGCAAAAGCGAGGAUUACCUCAUGCUCACAUCUUGAUUUGGUUUAUCCAUAAAAUACGCCCUGAUGACAUCGAUAGUUUAAUUUCUGCAGAGAUUCCAGAUCCAUCCACUGAUCAAUUACUGUUUGAUAUUGUUACUGCAAACAUGAUUCAUGGCCCUUGCGGAGAUCUGAAUCGUUCAUCGCCUUGCAUGGUAGACGGAAAAUGUACAAAGCGUUUUCCUAAAGAUUUCAUCAACGAUACGGUUACAAAUGUAGACGGAUAUCCAAUAUAUCGUCGAAGGAGUACCGAAAAUGGCGGACAAUCAUUCAUUAAAACUGAUGAAAUGUGUGUCAAUGACGCCCUUGGGGCAAAACUAUGGGGGAAAGUGCGGACCAGCAACUGGGAUGAUAUGCGUGAGUCGUUAUAAACCUAAUGAAUGUAUUAAAGUUGCAA